AUGGCAUCGGCGAUAUUCGAGGGGACGUCUCUGGUCAACAUGUUUGUCAAGGAUUGCUGGGUGAACGGGAUCCGGAGACUGAUCAUAAGUCAGCGAGGAGAGGAAGAAGAAUUCUACGAGAUCAGAACAGAGUGGUCAGACAGAAACGUUUUGUAUUUGCACAGGAGUUAUUCAGAUUUGGGGAGAUUGUUCAAAAGACUGGUUGAAUCAUUCCCUGAGGACAGAAGAGCUCUCUCCAAGUCUCCGCUUAUAGAAGGUUGGUAUAGUGUACCCCCAUGCCACUGGAAAUUGGGUUUAAUCAAUUAAGUAAUUGAUUAAUGAUAUGGUCAUUUGAAGACACAAUAGCCACAACACAAUGGCAGCGUUUACACAGGCAGCCCAAUUCUGAUGUUUUUUCCACUAAUUGGUCUUUUGACCAGUCACAUAAGAUAUUUUCACAUCAGAUAUUUUUCAGAGCUGAUCUGAUUUGUCAAAAUACCAAUUAGUAAAAAACAGAUCAGCCAAUGUUUUGAAGUAUUGGGAACUUUGUCAUCAAUUAUUGUAUUCAUAUGGGCAUUUUUGACAGGUGGGAAUUAUGUGGGCACAUUUGAUAUAGAUAUAUCCGUUGAUACAGUGGCUGUAUUAUUUACAGUGGCUAAAUAAUGUCUAAUUGUUGUUUUCAUGACCCAGGUAGACACUGCCUGUUUAAAAAUGGAUAGGGUCCACUUUGGAGUGACACAUAAUACCAGAGCUAUCAAAUAGCUGCUCUUUGGUCUACAUGAUUCCCCGAUACUGCUUUAGGUUCUCUGGGAACCCACUAACAUGAUUGACUGGAACUUAAGUCAAGAGCAAUAGGACUGAUUUAACUAGCCAUCACUAGGCUAUCCUUAUCACUUAUCAGCAGCACCUUUAUGGUUGUUUGGUUUUCAGAGCUGGAGGUUAUGGGUUAGGUUUAUAAUAGCACAGACUAACUGCCAAAAGAAAAAUCAUAUUGGAAAAGGUUCAUGUGUGGAUUUGUCUGUGAACGUUUUGGACAAAAUUAGGAGGCGGCCUAUCCAUUGCAUAUUGGCUUUAAUAAUGUUGCGAUAACGCUGAAAGACUCAGUCACUCCCCCUAUUGAGUGUUUGUGGACCAUUUCAAUAAUACAUUAAAUGUUAUCAAAUGUUUAGGUUGUGAUUAGGCUAAUCUACUGUAUGUCCUGCGUGAUUGAAUUGUUGACCAGCUUGUUCUGCAGUAAAAGUAGAUCCUAUCCCGUAGUAAUGGGUAAAGAUAAACAGAACUCUCAGACAGUUGGAAAGUAUUGUGACACAUGAAAGCCAAACACAUGGCUCUGGGUUGUGUACCUCUUGCUGCCCUGUCUGUCACUAUGGUGCCCUGACAUUGCCCAGAAUGGGUGCUGUCUGGCAGGAUGCCCAGUGCAUGCCACGUCUAUGCCCAGCUAGCGCAUAAUGUUCAGAGAACCAUAUGUUUCUUAGAGCUUGGUGAGAGCGUGGUUUUCCUAUGGUUAUUUUGCAUACAACCUUCCCACAAUGUUCUGGGAAUGGUGCAGGAUACCCAGCUAGCCCAUAACGUUCUGAGAACCAUAUGUUUCUACGGUGAGAAUUUCAGUACUUCAGCAUAACGUUUCCUGCAGGUUUCCUCAUGGUUAUAUUUCAAGUAAUGUUCUCAAAUUGUUCCGAGAAUGUUAAGAAAUAACGUUCUUCUGUGGGAAUUUCAGUACUACAGCAUAACAUUUUCUGCAGGUGUAAUCUUAAUGAGUGCUUGUUUCCUUUGAAAUGGGUUCUGUUUGAAUAGACUAAAAUGAACAGCUUCGUAUGAGUAAAAGACAAACAUUGCAGGCUAGCUCCAUCCUGGUGGCGCAGUGGGCUAAUUCCAUUGAUAGAGAACAGGAGAUCAUAUGUUUGAAUCUCACUGAUGCCAUGCCACAAUAAAACAUUUAUGUGUUUGCAUGAUUAAAGCCUAAGCAAAUUAAUUACUAUCUGUGCUUGGAGUUGAAAACAGUUAUCCCAAACUAAGCUAGCAGUGUUAUUAAAAGUCUUAUUGAAACAUUCAGUGAAAGGAACCUCCCUGCUAUACCUAGAAAUGUACAUUCCCAGAACAGGCAAAAAAAUAAACAUGUUCUCAGAACGUUUAAAAAACGUUCAGUUUUACCGGUCAGGAAACGUAUGGCUUCGUUCCCAGAACCAAUGGGAAACCAAAAUCGUACGUUCCCACAACUUCCAAGGAACCAAAUGUGCUAGCUGGGUUAUCACCCUGCACAGCCUCUCUGGUACUUCUAUUUUGUCUGUGCCCGCUCAGCCUAAGUGUGUUUUGUAAACAGUCGCCUUUUUGUGGCGACUGGAAGGCUCUGCUUCCUUCCCAUACACCGAAAUACCUGUCACUGCUGAUGAUUGGCUCUCCUCCUGUCUCGGCCAUGUGUGAUGCAUGAUGGGAGAAGAGAGAAACAUGGGGCAAAAAAAAGACUCAUUUUGCACUUCUUCUUUUCCGGUGGCUCUCAUCUUGUUGGUUGCGACUGGGAGACGAAUGGAGGUGUUACUCCAGUGGUGGUGCCGGUAGAGUUUAAUCAUGUCAGUGAUGGAUAGCUGGCCACAGAUUAAUCCCAUUCCAUUCCCCCAUGCCCUUCCUUUAAUUUCCACCUCGGCUCGAUAUUUAAUUUAGAUCUGUCUUCUAAUUGGCACUCAGAUGAAAAGUGGAUCUAGCUCUAGCUGUCCUUUCUUCCCUAUGCAGCGUUCUUCAUUCGCACUGUUUCUGGCCCUACUCUUGUUUCUGUGCUGUACCUAGGCAACAAGAAAGGCGUGCAGAACUUCCAGGGUUGAUGUCAUUGUGGUGAGAGGGUGAUACACAGGCCUGGCUGAAGGAGUGGGCCUUCUAUAUUUAGGCUAGCCCCUACUGUGGCCUGCUUAGGGCUUCAUCAUCAGUCACCUGACAUGUGACCCUGGAGUGGGCAUCACAGACAGGACGUGAUGUGCUCGUUCUGCUGGUAUGAGAGCCAGUCAUGAGGGCACCGCCCAAACAUCCAGACAUAACUGACUCAGACUGGUGACGGAGAGGACAGCCCAGAACUGUGUUUAAAGGCUUAACCUAAGUCUUAUUAUGGAAUUUGGUGCUCUGUAUCUAAUGAUCAAACAGCAACACCUUAUGGAACAUACUCAUCUAACUGGGGAGAUAGUGGUUAGAUAAUGUUGCAGUACAUGACACUACUACAUUUUACUCAUUUAGCAGACGCUCUUAUCCAGAGCGACUUACAGUUAGUGAGUGCAUUCAUUAUUUUAUUUAUUUUUCAUACUGGCCCCCCGUGGGAAUCAAACCCACAACCCUGGCGUUGCAAAUGCCAUGCUCUACCAACUGAGCUACAUCCCUGCCGGCCAUUCCCUCCCCUACCCUGGACGACGCUGGGCCAAUUGUGCGCCGCCCCAUGGGUCUCCCGGUCGCGGCCGGCUACGACAGAGCCUGGAUUCGAACCAGGAUCUCUAGUGGCCUUAGACCACUGCGCCACUCGGAAGGCCUACUAAAGGCUAGGAUGUUGUAGUAUCAUGCUGACAUGGGCCGGUCUGAUGUGCUGUAGGAUGUUAUUGUGAAAUAGCUGUUGAUAAUGUCUGAUAAAUGUUGAAAUAUGUAUAAGGAUGAUGUGGAGGCUCAUGCUUCCUGUCAUGUUGCCCGUCCUCCUGCCAUGGUUGAUAUGCAAAUGACAGCACAAACAGGUAUCACAUUGAGUACUUAAUUGUGUAACUACACUUUUUAAUUACGUUUUUAGCCUGUUUAAUUACAAUCCAUUACCAUAAAUGGUUUUAGCUACACUAAAAAAAGUGAGAAAGUAAAAAUAUGUUCGCUACUAUGUGCAGGAAAACAUUGAUUUAUGUUGAUAAAGAUACCAGCAGUAUCUGUGCAGUGUUCCUCAGCCAACUAAAUGUAGGCUAUGAACUAAUGUUGGCCUAUGCAGGCAAAUUCUUUGAUGUGCAUAUGGGAACAGUUUGAAUACUGGUAGAGAGGACAAUUAUUAGACCAAUUUGUCCCCAUACUUAUAGUGUUACACAGGGAGAACAGAACACACACAAGUUUAGUGUUUCCCUCCUCAACGAGAUUCCAGGAAGUGGAGACAGGAAAUGAACUCUUCCACAGGAAGUGAGGAAAUGCACUCAGGGAGCCUGGUAGGAACAAACAUAGCUGGUUUUAGUUUCAAAAUAUUUGAUGGCUUAUUUUCAGACUACCACUAUUUCUAUACAUUUAGUUUCAACUUCAAAAUAUAAGUAAUUGAGAGAGGAAUAUGUUUAGUGGUUGUGUUCCAUUUUAAAUCUACAAAUGUAUUUUGUCAUUCCACGCCAGUGCUCAUGUUGCUCACGUUUCCAUAUCAAAAGAGAAAUCCUGUGGACAGGUUUCAAACAUCUGUUUACACGGAAAACAGCGAGGCGGUUUAGAGUUUUGUGUCUGAGGACAGUUAUCUUCAUGUUUGUUGCAUUUGAGCAACCACCAUGUGUAGCAUAGAUGUGUUGCUUUUUCCUUGAGGCUAUGCUCCCAGGGUUAUUAGGCAUGUCUUUCAAAUGAGACAUCCAAUAAAGAAGAGAAGACCAUAUAAUAUUCAAAAUGCCACACUGUAACUCUACCAUGACGUAGCCAGGAAUGUAAAUUACUACCCUGGCAACAACAAGGUAAGGGUAGCUCAACCGAGCUACACACAGCUCACUACAAACAAUCACUCACACAGACAAGGAAGCAGAGGGAACACUUAUACAAUGACUAAUUGGGGAUAAGGACCAGGUGUGUGUGAUUAAUUAGACAAGACAAGUGGAGUGAUGAUAAAUGGAUCGGCAGCAGCUAGUAAGCCGGUGACAACGAACGCUGAAACCUGCCCGAACAAGGAGGGGAGGCAGCCUCGGCGGAAGUUGUGACAGGGAUUAGUUGGAACUGGAAGGCAGAACUAGUGACCAAUGCGUCAUAGUCACUAGUUUUCACUCUGCAUCAUUGGAUUGUAAAGGCUUAAGUACACAUUCACUCACACAUCCCCUUGUUUAUUAUAGGUCCAAACCAACUAAGCAGGCUAUUUUCCACUCUUUUUUUUGGACAUUGUGUUCAGAUGUAUCCCUGGUACAUCUCAUACUUUGCCAAUAUUAAAGUCCUUAUUGCCAGUGCUUAUUCCCCAAGGGAAACUUUCCACCCAGCUUUUUAAUAUAAUCUAAAACGUCUCUUAUACCUUACAUUGUUAAUCCAUGUAUCAUGCUGCUAAUGUAGAUAGGUGUACUGUACAUCUAUACUGCAGUUUCCCUAUAUUCUGCUGAUGCCACUUUCAGAUUCUGUACUGCCUAUUACCUAGCAUUUUGUGAGCCAUGUUGGCAUUCUUGCUGGUUACCCUAUAUGUGACUCACCACCUGGAUUUGGUCUUAUGUAGCAACAUUUUAAAUGCUGUUUUUUACAUUGGAUAAAAGUAGAGACUCAGAGCUACAAAAUGGCAUAUCAUAUGCUGCACUUUUGAGGAACAAAACUUGUAAACUCACUUUUAAGAAACAGUAUGAAAAAUGUAUGCACUCACUAACUGUAAGUUGCUCUGGAUAAGAGCGUCUGCUAAAUGACUAAAAUGUAACGUAAAAUGUAAGAAAAUGGCAUUUGAAUGUUUUGGUAUCUAGUGAAGAACUCUUCUUUGUCUACACCCAUUCAGCAUCGUUCACACCCUCUUAAGCUUUAUCCCCACCCAUCUCGUUUUGCUCUAGGAGUGUUCAGAGCGCACACUUGACGCUCUGGCCGAUGAUUCGUUAACCUCUGGAUAACAUAAAAACAGCCUAACCAGCUCUGCUGGCAACAAUUUACUUACGCUUUUAUGCCGACGUUUACUGACACCAGCCAUAUUCAACGGGUGUUGUACACUUUAGCUUAAGACAUGUAGCUACCUAGCUAGGUAAAUAAUGAACCUAGCUAGGUAAACAAUGUGUAAGAUCACACACGUCACGUAACGUUAGCUAACGAGCCAGCCAGCUAACAUUAGCUAGUUAAACAACAAUGAACAUAGUGCCAAAUCAUGUCGUUACUAUCCUGCAUGAAUCUGCUGGGAGCUAACCAACCAGGUUCAAUGUUAGCUAGCUAACAUUAGGCUCUAACUAGCAAAGCAAACGGUUCUGGGAUACGAAUAAUAACGUCAUACAAGUAACGCUAGCUAGGGAGCCAGCCGGCUAACGUUAGCUAGCUAACAGUACACUUUAGCUUGAAAUUAAUCCACUUUCUGUCAAAAUUAGAAACGUGUAAUAUCUGAAAAUGUAACUAGCUAGUCUGUCUUACCUGUAUACAUCAUCAUGCAUGUGAUGGACGCGUCUCCCUUGGAUGCCAUGCCACAGUUGCCCUAAGUUUGAAGAUGUAAUCCGGAGACAGGUGUUUUCGCCAUCUCUUUAGCGAUCAUAUUCCACUGAUUUCAAAACUCGAUCCUCCAGAAAGUGGAGAGCAACACUUAUGCAGCUCCUCUACACAAUACAUUUGUUUAAAAAGUUGCGUUCGACAGGAUUACCAACACAGACAGCCUUCUAAAUGGCAGACCAAUCCGAACUCCUCUCUCGGCAUGUCCAGUCCACUCAUUAUCUCAGCCAAUCAUGGCUAGUGGGAAGGUUGCUGUCUUUUUCUGGGGCUUAACCAACAAGGCUCGUAAUUCAACAAUUGUAUUCGUAUUUACAAAUGGCAUGCACGUUUGUUAUUAAGGCACAUGAAAGUUCAAAUGUUCCAGAAGGCAUUUGUGCCAAAAAACACAUAAAAAAAGAAUAAAAAAAUACUUAAAAUGGCUCUCCUGUGAAUUCGUGACUUGCGACAUAUGCCUAGUUUCCUGAAACGGGUCACAUGUGACACUUGCAGUUGCGUGCUCUUAAAACUAUGUCCACUUAACUUAAAGAAGUCUGUUUGUGUUUCUCUGUACUUGCUGUGCCCAGAACAAAUAUCACAGGAGCAUUGUGAUAAAGGUUAUUGCAUUUAACUGAUUGCCACCUUUUCAAUUACAUUUCUUUGGCAACCUUUUACAUGAGUAAAGUUGAAUUGGGACCUCCUCCCAUUUAGCCUUUGUUGUGUGUCCUGGCCUGUGGAUAGAUAAGAUGCUAGUUGACACAAAGGUCGAAGUAGCUGCCCUUUUGUUAUGGUGGAUGCACAGAUAGGAUUUACCUCAUGUUCUCUCAGUAGGGGAGUUAUUUUGGUCUGAAAGCUCAGACUCUCGAAAUGAUGGCGUGUGGUUUGUCUUGGGAAUCAAGUCGAUUUAAAUGUGUACCUUGUUUGUUAACCAUGUUUGUUACCUGAGAAUUUACUUGAGACCAAAGCUUUUCAGUUUUGUGAAAUUACUUUUAAAAGAAAAGUGUAAUAACCAUGUAAUAACCAUUGACUCUGCAUUAUGUUUGUGUCAUUUUGUGUUUAGGUCUGGUUAAGAUUAAAGAGGCCAAUGACAUUGAGCUGAAACUAAAUGAGGUGGAGAGGCUACUGAAGAAUGCCAUCAACAUGCCAUGGAAGGUGGGUCACUACUAGUCUAGUACUGCCCCCUGUACACAUAUUGGAUUUGAUUAACAUGUGUGCACACCUAUUCACUUAUACACCUUCAAACAUACCACAUUUGACUCAGAUGAAUUAUAAUGCAUUUCGUAUGGUUCUCAUAAAUAUAACCCAUGCUCAUACUGUCUGUACUGUCUGUCUCCACAGUAUUCUAGGUCAGAGGUGGUGUUGACAUUCUUUGAGCGAUCACCGCUGGACCAAGUGCUAAAGAAUGACAACGUCCACAAGAUCCAGCCAUGCUUCCAGAGUCCAUACAAGAUAUCAGGUAUUGAUUCAUGGUGAAACACAGGGGAAACACUGUGCUUUCUUCCCAGUAUUAACUAAGUAACGUCCCUUUAACCACCCAAACAACCAAUGCAAUUCAACAACAACAGCAUGCCCCACUUGACAUCCUAACCAGGAAACCUCUGAGUAACAGUUAAGAUAGGAUAAGAUAAGCUGGAAUUGUAUUGUCUGUUUUCACAGAAAUGUGCCUUGCGUUUAUAAAGAAUUCCUUACAGACAAAACAUGGGGUAGACUGUUCGUGUCCUAAACUGUAGAAUAUGUUCUGUGCCCUUCAGAGAUCAUGCGUUCAAAUGGCUUCUGUCUGGCCAACACUGAGACCAUUGUGUUUGACGAGAGUCUGCCACAGGACAAAGAGAGACCCUCAUCCACUGACUCUGCUGCUGACUCUGCAGAACACCUGUAAGUAGCACAUUACUUUAUGACUUAUUUUACCUGUUAGAUUGACCUUGCCAGUCAAUAUCAAUUUCAUUGUAUAUUGAGACAGAAAUGGGCAUUUCUUCAACCUCAUAGCAGAGGUAAAAUUGUGUGUGUAGGAGUUAUUGUUAUAUUUCUUCUACAGUGUUGACUUUGGACUGUAACUCCCUGCAUCACAAAACGAGAGAAGCAUGUCAGUAUGCGUGUUAACCCUCUUCUAUUGUCUUCUUCAACCUCAGUCAUUCUGUUUUUCUCCUGAAUUUAAGCCUAUUUUAUUAUACAAGCAGGAUAUAUCCUGUUACUUUUCGUACAGUACACAUUCUCUUUACUACACACACACCUACAGGGACCUUUUAGGAUCACAAGUGACUGUGUGUGCCUUUUUGAGUAUGUGAGUACCAUGCAUUCCUUGAAUGCAAAGCAGUUCCAGGGUCCCCUUGCUCAGGAAGUGUCUCAGUGCACCUCUUCCUUCCCUGGGUGGGGUGAGGAGGAAAGCUAGGGAGGGGCCUUUAUUCACAGUCUCCACAACCAAAUACUUUUCACCAUAUUUUACAAUGCUGAAAUGUCAUAUUGCACAAGUGCAUGAUCAUAUCAUACAACACAAUCAUACUUAUAGUUAGAAUUCAUCACAGCAGUGGGAUGGUGAAGCUAUUGUAAAUAAAGGAAUGUAGGCAGGAUUGGAAGAUAAGUUCAGGAUGUUGUAUAGUGCUUUGCUGUUUGGAUUCAGUAUAUUGAACAGAUGUUUUAGUAAAUGUAGUGUCUUAGUAUGGGUUGACCACUUGGUCCAUUCCUACUGGGCACAGAUGUCAAUUCAACAUCUAUUCCACAUUGAUUUAACGUAAUUUAAUUAAAAGGAUGUGGAAGCAACUAUGAUUCAACCAGUGUGUGCCCAGUGAGUAGAGGGAUACCCAUGUCUGGUGUUUUCCUCUCUCAGGUAUGAGGAUGGCAGGGAAUUCCUGACGGUGGAACCAGACAUCAGUGACGAUGACUCAGAUGCCUACGUCACCAACCUGUCUUACUACCAUCUGGUCCCCUUUGAGACGGACAUCCUGGAAUGA